GUCGCUGAUUACGCGCACACCUCCAAGAAAGCAAAAUCCGGCUUUCGACUGCCCUCUGCAAAGAAAUCCAAAAAGUUCAAGCAACCCACGCCUGCUCGGGAGCCCAUCGAAUGCCUUCACCCUACCAUGCUGCCUUCAGGUCAACAGGUGGACGGUUUGGGGCAGGAGGGCAUGCUGCACAGUCCGUUGGGCCAUCUGGUCACCCCGGAAGUCUUAGCUCUCGCAGAGAGUCCCGUCCUCGUGAAGUCCAAGAAGAAGAAGAAGAAAAAGGACAAGCAGGGGCAGGAGAACAAGACUGAAAAAACGAAAGCGAAGACAAAAAUGAAGAAGAAGAAGAAGGACUUGGAAGCCCUGUGCGAAUCUGCCAUCUCGCCGGGUGUUAAGGCAACCGAAGGCCUCACCGCUUCUGUCAAAAAAUCGGGUAAACGUGGGUCCAAACACGCUGCCAAGGCCUCAGAUGAACCCGAACCGGCAUCAGACACGGUAUACAAUCGCACCUCUUUUACCAUUGUCUUUUUGGUUCAAUUUUUAGGGUAA